GGUUCCCAAGGCUGAAAAGAAUUAUUUAUUUGUUAAAGCAUUGUCAACAUAGUCAACAUCGAAAUCUUCCAAAUUACCAAGAUACUUAGUAUUUCCAAUAACCAAAAUUUGUUUUUACAAAGCCAUUCUCUUAGCAGAAUAACGCAUACAUUCUUUCAAAUCGAGCUUCUGCAACUUCAAUGCCGAUCAGGAGUAAUUCACAACAAAUAAGACCCUCAGCCUUGAGUUGAAAUAGGGGACUCAAUUCAAUACAAACGCGACUCGAUCUAACAACGAAACCUGCAGCAAAAGAAUCUUCCGCCACAAUCCAAACAGAUUCAUAUUUAUUCGAUCUCAAAAUGGAUCAAAUUUUCAAAAUCAAAGAUGCUGUCGUCAAUUACCUUUCCCCCGUUGCGAAACGACGAAGAACAAUGGGAGGACCUCAAACACCAGGUUACAUCGAAUUCGACGACGAACACCAGUUUCUCUCCGAACCACAAAACAAUAGGAGGUCUCUCAACUUCGCAUAUGGUCGCAUGAAUCAAAGCUAUAUUUCGAACGAAGAUAGAACGACACCCACGAGGAAUCCCCUUAAACGUUCUCGCGAAGACGAUGAAAUUGAAGGGCCUAUAUUUUCAGGAGAUGAAACUUCACCAAAGCAAUCUUCUUCGCACAACGUCACUGAGAGUGGUGAUGAAUCGGAGAACCCCGAUUAUAUGGAUGAAGACGAUGAUGAUGAUGAUGAUGAAGAAGAGGAUCAAAUUUCUGCCCAGCAAAAAGUAGAUGAAUAUCUUGCAAAGCAGGCUGCGGAAUUUGCUAUGGCAAAAGAGACGGUAGAAAGAGCUCGAGCAGAUGGCGAAUGGUCUCCCGAAGAACUCUUUCUAUUGGAAAGACUUCAAUACAUGGGUCAUGAAGGACUUUUGCCGCACUGGGCAAAGGAGCGGAAUUUUCGAACGGUUCCUGAAGCUAUGUUUUGCCCUGAUGAUAAUGCCCUCUUGGGUGAGAGCAGUAAAUCUAUUCAGAUGUUAGAAUUCCUCGUUCACUACCUGCCUCGUCGCGUGCAUGAUAGAUAUUACGGUGGAUCUGGCCCACCUGAAGCACAGAUGCGGCAAUGGAUUGGCAAGUACGUUGAAUGGACUGAAAGGGAUGGUGGUUAUCAUAGGAAAAAGUUUAUUCCAGUUCUGUGCCUCGUUGAAGGUCGAUGGCGUGCACCCGCUGCGGAAACGACCAAACGCCUCAAAGACCAAAUGAAUUUUCAUGCUGAAUCAUGGCGUCGAACGCUACAGCGUCCUUCGCCCGUUGUCAAUGAGUUUGGUCAGACAGAAAUUUACUUUCGACGUCCUCCUCUUAUUUAUGGAAUUCUCUACAUACAAGCGAAAGCCCUUUUCGUUACACUUGACUCUUCAGAUCCACAAGCAAAGAUCAGAGAUAUCCACGUUUGUGAUUUCUUAGACUCAAGCAAGCAUUUUUGGCAUGCUAUAUCUGUUGCUAUAGUGGCCAAAAUUGCACAAAAGUACAUGAUGUCAAUUAUUGAUACAUUGGAGGAUGAUGAUCCGCCGGAACCAGAUUCGUGUAGCGAGAAUGAAUUAGAAUCCGCACGUGCGAGGGAAAAGAGAUUGCAGAAAGAGGCGAAGAGAAUGGAGCAAGAGAAAGAGCGUCAACGUCAGGAAGAACUAUCGAGACUUGAGCAGCAAAUGAACCAAAUCAAGAUGGAAGAAGAGGAAGAUCAUGUCAUGGAGUCCAUCGAGGAGUAUGAGAGAGUGGAAAUUAUUGAGGGCGAAGAAGAAGAACAAGAAGACUUCGAGGACGAUCGACCAUCAAUGUCAGAAUAUGAUGAGGAAGAAGAGGAAGAAGUGGAGGUUGAAGUUGAUGAGGAUGGAGAUGAAAACGGUGAGCAAAGUGCGGAUGAAGAAUUAACAAGCGACGGAGAUAUUGAAGAUGCUGAAGAGUACGCCGAAGACGAAGAUGAGCUAGAUGAUAGCCAUGUUAAAAACGAAAACGAUAAUGAAAAGGUUGACGUCGGUAAUCGCUACGCAACUGGACGUACCUUCUGAUCAGCAUGCUCAAAUGAGUUGUAACAACGCUAUCUCUAUAAUCUUGUUUGAAAAUUACAAACAUACCACGUUUUUUUUUGUAUGGUCGUUCUGUUGGAUGUAAGAGUACUACUUUCAAUUCUUUUUCUUUUAAAGGCUCUUCGCGCGCAUCAACACACAGCAGUCACGCCACUAUAGGAUUGAUUCAUCCAAGACGUAUUGAAAAUACACUUGAACAAAGUGGCUUCGAAGAAAUCAUUGUGGGGCAUUCGUCAGACGCUCUCCAAUAUUGGUAGAUCAGGAAAUACGUGGGAAGGAUAAUAAUAAGCAAGGGAUUGGGUCGAGGGAGGAAUCAUUAUGGAUUGCAAGUUUUUAAUUGUCCCUUUAUUAGAUGUUUUACUUUCAUGAAAUACCCCCGUUUACUUUACGCCAAUAAUGAUAAUAAGCAGAAAUAUUUAAAACA